AUGUCCUGCUACGACCUGUGCUCCACCCCUGCCUCUGGCAUCAGCUGCCCCCAGCCCCUGGCCGACAGCUGCAACCAGCCCUGCGUGCAGCAGUGCCCUGACUCCACCGCCCUGAUCCAGCCUCCUCCAGUCGUGGUCACCUUCCCUGGCCCCAUCCUCAGCUCCUUCCCUCAGAGCUCUGCUGUGGGCUCCUCUGGAGCUCCCUUCCUUGGGCCCUCUGGAGGCUCCUCCCUGGGCUUUGGGGGUCUGUAUGGCUCUGGGAGCUCCUCCCUGGGCUUUGGGGGUCUGUAUGGCUCUGGAGACUCCUCCCUGGGCUACAGAGGUCUAUCCCUUGGUUCUGGCCUCUGCAGCCCUUCCUCCUACCGGUUCAACAGGCUCCGCCGUGGGAGCUGUGGGCCCUGCUAG